UCCGCCGUUUUGAUACCAAAACGUCGGCAACUGUCACUUCGUUUGAUAAAAACAACCAUCAUGUUCAGGCGCCUAAAAUUUUCGCGUGAUCAGCUUUCGUACGCCAGUGACCUUCUGAAGAAGAACUUUAUCUACUCGCUGCAGCUGGAAUCCAAUUCUGACGCUGACAAAUGGAACCAAAAGCGAGGUCAAGGUGUUUUCACUGUUUCAUUUCUAUACAAACAGGCAAUUCCUCGGCCGUUCAGCAUUCGAUUGGCUAAGUCACAGGAUGAGCCUCAUAUUAUGCACUUUAUACGGGAGAACUUUUACGAAGAAGAGCCUUUGAUUAAAAGUUUAAACAUCAACAAAUCCGUGGCUAAUCCUUGUUUGGAAGAAUAUCUUUGCAACCAUCUGAAAGCAGGGUUCACUUUGCUUGCCGUGGAGGAGAAAGACAACAGAAUCGUCGGUAUUUCCGUCAAUCAGCGCAACUGCGCCUGGGAUGGCGACAGACUGCAAGAACAAGCCGAUCGAGUUCAAUGCGAUCCUCUUCGAAAGCUUUUCUACAUCUGGUCCAUAGUAUCGAAAGAGCCGCGACUGCAUCAAAAGUUCAAAACGCCGUGCAUCUUCGAGAUUGCCAUCCUCGCAACGGCACGCGAAGCUCAGCGCCAAGGCAUCGGAUAUCAAUUAACGGUUCACUCACUGCGUUUGGCACGUGAUUUAGGCUUCGAUGUGGCUCGGAUGGAUUGCACCAAUGAGUACAGCUCCAGACUAGCGCAGCGAGCCGGCAUGGAGUGCAUGUGGUCCGUACCGUACAAACAUCUGGUGGACUGUGACAAAAAACCAGUGGUGAAACCGGACAAUCCUCACACCCACAUUCGAGUGCACGCAACACAACUGAAACGCGCUUAGGAGCUUAUUGUGUGACAAUGUAGUUUUGUACAAAUUAAAUAAAUUAUAUAAUAUGUUUAAAAUC